AACGACGUGACUGCGGCAUAAAAGUAACAUAUCGAUGAUCCUCCUGCUUCUACUUUCUUGGAGGUUUGCUCUAGAGCCUCUUCCCUUUAUUUACACUACUAUCCAGUGCCUUAGGUGAAGACCUCUGAUGAAUUUAAUUCCUUGUGAAUGUUAGCCCAUCAUUCAAUGCCUGCUGUCCGAUUAUUGUGCGUUAUCAUCAAUCCUUCCUCUCAUUCACUGUUCAUUAUACAGCUGUGACUUGUAUUUAUUUCCUUUCUGUCACUCGUUGCAUCACUAAUUUCUUUCUGAUUGCUCUCUGGGCUACCACGUGUUUAUACAUUGAGUAGACGCAUCAAUCCGCUUGGGAGGCACUGUGGUCAUUUACCUUAGUUGGCGUUUGUUUUGCUUUCUAUGCCCUGCAGCGUAGUCGCGUGACGCGUCUUACUCUGUAUACAUUCGUUACAACUUUCCUUGUUGUUGUUGUUGUUCCUCCUCUUCUCCUUCUGGUUUGCUUGUCCGAGGAUCUCUGCUGUGACGGAAGCCAGCUGUAUUUGCUUCCAUGGUCCGCUGGAUAUGUCGAAUUUACCAGAAAGACCAUGGACCGAGGAGGAGAAGUACACUCUGCUUACCGAAAUACUGAAGAAGGCCGGAGUCCCUUCCAGUCAUCUGGUCAAGAUGAUCCGGGAUUUCAAUAUUACCCCAAGCUGGGCGGAUAUCCCGCUUCCUCCAGGCCGUUCCCUAAACUCUUGUCAGCUGGCAUUUUACAGUAUGUGUCCACAACAUGUUCCAAUGCCUGUCAACCCAGGCUUUACAUCCUUCCAUCCUCCGCGCCAUGAAUCAUCAGCCCCCACGGCUAUUGCGCUUGACAACAGUCAAACCCGAAAGCGGCUCCUUUUCCCCUCUGACAAGCCAAUGUUGGCCCCGCGUGCGAUUCAGCCCCGCCCAACGGCCAGUACAGCCUCGUUCAGCAGCGAGAGUGGCGCAUCAGCCUUGUUGUCCCCGGGUUCGGAGAGCAUUCCCACCCGCGGUGAACCACCACGAAAACGUGGUCGACCAAGCAAAGCCGAAUCAGAGAGGCGAAAAGCGGCCGCUGAGGCUCGCGGAGAAACAUACCCACCUCCUAGACGAGCCAGCUCCAACAAAAUGAAAGCCCCUUCGACACCAACCAGUCCUUCGAGCGUUGAACCCCUGGCACCCUCUUUUAUCCCUCAAACUAGUGGUAGCAUGCAGUCGAAUAUACCACAAUCUGAACUGCAAUACGCACCCCCUCCCGGAAGGCCCCCACUGCCUUCCGGGCCUCGUGAAGAUGAGAGGAUAAGGGAUGCCCCCCACCGUGACAUAAGGCCGACUAUGAGGGACCUUCCGCGACCAUCGGAACUGAGACAGGCGUUACCCUCCCCACAUACACUUCAUUUAGGCCACAGGGAGACAAUCACGCGCAUGGGAUCUGGGGAGCGGUCAUUUGAGGCACCCCCACCAGAUCGGAUAUCCUUCGGUGAUAGUAGCCGAAGACCUCUCCUCCAUCCUCGUCCAGAUGAACCAUCCAUCCAAAACCCGGAACUACCUCUGCACUCGGUCGAGAAACGAGUCGAAUGACCUCGAAUAAUUCGGUGUCCCCACCGUAUAAGUUUGCUAAUU